UUGAAAAUCAAUGUCACAAUUUCUGCCAUGGUAUGCAAACUUAUGAGCACAACUGUACAUAUGUUGUGGGGCGUUAAGGACAUAAGAGUAUUAAAUUCAAGUUCCACUUUGCAUGUGGGAUUAAACGAUUUAUAAGGCAGGGUGUAGUAUGAAUAAAAGGAUUGUGUGUGUGUGUGUUUAUUUUGGUAUGGUUAGGUUAUAGCUCAGACCCUCGGAACUAGUCAAAUGGUCCACACUCCAGCACAGUUGGUGGCAGUAAUGCACUAUUAACAUCGAAUGCCUACCUUUUAACAAAAUCCAGUAGAAGAAGCAAUGUUGCGAUUUAGUUUUUUUCAUCAAAAACUAGUUUCUGUAAUUUCACAAGCAAUCGUUCAAGAUUGUUUAUUUCCUGCAAGACUACAAGUAAAUGCUCCCAGAUGUUUCCGAACAAAUUACUGUCUUCUACUAUGGCUACAAUUUCUCCGCUUUUGUCAGUAAAACCCACGCGAGGACUCGUGGAUGAGAAGAUCCAGAUAAUCGUAAGGAAUGUACCUCCACGGUUCCCAGUGACACUACAUUCCCUGUUUCACUCCGAGGAUAAGGAUUACUGGGAGGCGUUCGGGCAUUACACCAGUGACAACAGAGGCACGGUGACAGUGUCGGAGCAUGCCAGUGUGGGAGGAACAUAUGAAGGCACAGAGCCCAUGGGUCUACUGUGGAGUAUGCAUCCGGCUCCAGGGAGUCGAACAGGCCUCCGGUUGAGAAAGAUGAAUGUCCUCACUCCCAUGGUGGUACACAUCUCUGUGUACAGUGGUCAUGUGACUGAGGGCUUCAGCAAGCAGUCUCCCCUAGCAACUGUUGACAUAGAGAGAUGGUACCUGGCACCAGGUGUUCGCAGAAUUGACAUCAGGGACGAGGAGGUCAAAGGCACCCUGUUUAUACCACCAGGUACCAAAGGUCCUGGACCUUUCCCUGGUGUGUUGGAUUUGUGGGGAGGAGGAGGUGGACUGGUGGAGUACCGCUCUGCACUCCUAGCGUCACAUGGUUUUGUUUCCAUGGCUCUAGAAUACAUUUCCACUGAGAAGAAUAGAGCCUCAAACCUUCAUAUCAAAUACUUUGAGAAAGCAUUCAGGAUAGUUCAAGAGCACCCCCUGGUGAUGAAGGACAGUGUUGCACUGUUUGGUCUUUCCUUAGGAACGUCAAUCACCCUCCACAUGGCAGCCUACUCCAAAGCAGUCAGUCCCAGAUGCUGUGUGUGUGUCAGCGGGAGUCACGUCCAACCAAUCAACUCGCCAUUCAAGGAUGUUUCAGAAAAGUUUCAAGAGAACAGACAUAAAAUCCGAUUUGAUGAGGAGGGUGGUGUGAUCUGGAAGGACAUCAUGCUGCCUAUUCCAACUGACCCUGGUCUGAAAGUGGAUAUGGGGAGAAUAAAGUGUCCUGUGAUCUUGAUUGUCGGGGAGGAUGAUCAAAACUUAGCCGCAGUGGAGUCUGCCGAGGAUCUGACCCAGAUGAUGCGUGCUGCAGGAAAUGAACACCUGCUGACCACGUUCCGAUACCCUGGUGCUGGACACCUCAUUGAGCCACCCUACACUCCCCACGUUAGAGCCAGCAAAUUCAUGGUGCAUCAAACAGGAGAGAAAGUGACCAUGCUGUGGGGAGGGUACCCUAAACCACACGCCUCUGCUCAGGAAGAUUCCUGGGAGAAGAUUCUCAGGUUUUUACAGCAACAUCUCUACCCCAGCCAAGAUUCAGUCCCCAAGGCCAAGCUGUAAUGUUACACCCAAGGCCUUUCCAGACCUAGAAUUAAUAAAGGUUUGACUUGACAGUGUUAUUGUAUUAAAUGUAUGUGCGACAAGACUGAAAUAAUUAUGGGUCUGUUUUCAUCCUUGAUUCCCUUAAGAAAAGUAUUUGAUUUUCAGUUUUUAUGCUAUUCACACAAUUAUAUAAUUGUAUUGUAUAAUAAUGUAAAGUUAUAGGAAAAGCUAUGAAAAUGGAAAUGAAAACAGAAUCCAAUGAUGUGGAAAUCAU